UCUAAACCUAGCCCACUGUCUUCCGCCUUCUCCUCCCAUUCCCUCGCAAACUUGCACUUCCUGUUCCCCAGCAUUUCCUCCCAAUGGCGGACCCCACAGGCAAAGUACGCGUUGCCUUACUUUCCGACUCCGACAUCCCCGCAAGCUUCAGCGUCCUCUCUAAAAGCUUCGGCCACGACGCGCCAUUAAUAGACAACUACUUCCCUAACCACGACACCCCAGCCGGGCAAGCGCAAGGUUCGGCGCGCCUCGCAGCAUGGAAGCACGCCUCUCCGGCCUCCACCUUCUUGAAAGCAGUGACCACACAAGCCGGCGACCAGGAGCAGGAGCAGGAGCACGUCAUCGGCAUAGCCGUCUGGACGCACAUGAAAGAAGCGCCCCCGGCUGAGCUUGCGCAGACCGAGAAUGUCACGGAGGUCUGGCCAGACGAAGCCGAUCGCAAGUUUAUGAUGCGCCUGUGGAGAGAGUAUGUGAAGCCGCGGACGAAGGCUAUCGAGGAGUCUGGUGGGAAGGGGGUUUAUGUGCUCGAAUUGUUGGCUGUGCAUCCGGGGUACCAGCGCCUGGGUGCGGGCACGGCGCUCGUUCAGUGGGGGACGAAAGCUGCGGAUGAGAAGGGUGUGAAGGCGGUCGUCGAGGGAACCCCCGUAGCACGGCGGCUCUACGAGCAAUGCGGCCUGCGCACGGAGAUUGAGGAAAUGCAGUUCGAGGUUGGAGAAGAGUUCGCUGGGAGAAGGAAACCAAAACUUCUGUUUAUGACGAGGCAGCCUCGAGCUUGA